AUGAUGGCUUGUAAGAGUUUGCUUAUCGUUCUCAUAAUUGUCUCUCUCUUUGGUCUUCACAGUUGUGAAUUUGGAGUUCAUCCGAAGGGGUAUGAAAGGUGUGUUACAAAGUUUAUGGGAACGCCAUGGCAGUUAGAGUUUCUGUGUUGUGUCGAAGCUCCUAAAAUUUGCUUCGCUGGAUAUCUUGAGGAAGCAUGCCUCAUAAGGUGUCCUCCGCUGCGUAAAGGAAAAAGAGGAGCAAAACCAUCUCCCCCUCCGCUGCGAAAAGGAAAAGGAAGAGCAAAACCGUCUAGACCUUAUUAUAGAUUUCCCCCACCUCUUCUUUAG